AUGGGUCGGGGGAAGGUGGAGAUGAGGCGGAUCGAGAACAAGAUAAGCCGGCAGGUGACGUUCGCCAAGCGCCGGAAUGGGCUGCUCAAGAAGGCCUACGAGCUCUCGCUGCUCUGCGACGCCGAGGUCGCCCUCAUCAUCUUCUCCGGCCGCGGCCGCCUCUUCGAGUUCUCAAGCUCCUCAUGCAUGUACAAAACACUUGAGAGAUACCGCACCUGCAACUGCAACUCACAGGAAGCGACCCCUCUAGCAGAAAAUGAAAUAAAUUACCAGCAAUAUCUGAAGCUGAAGACCAGACUUGAAUAUCUUGAAAGUUCACAAAGAAAUAUUCUCGGUGAGGAUCUGGGCCCACUUAGCAUGAAGGAACUUGAGCAAAUUGAGAACCAAAUAGACAUAUCCCUCAAGCAUAUCAGGACAAGAAAGAAUAAAGUAUUACUUGAUGAGCUAUAUGACCUGAAAAGUAAGGAGCAAGAAUUGCAGGAUCAAAACAAAAACCUGAGGAAGAAGUUGCAAGACACCAGCUGUGUCGAGAAUGCGCUCCAUAUGGCCUGGCAAGAUGCAGGACAGUGUAGCUCAAGUGGACAUGUCAUUGAUACUACUUAUUCAGGACUUGUGCAACACCCGGAACAUGAUUCCUCCGUGCAAGUUGGGUACAAUAAUCAGGCCUAUGUGGACCAGCCGAACAACGAAGACAUGGCUUCUCAGCGCCUUCAUGGACUUGGAUCAUCUGCAGGAUGGAUAUGA